UAUUCUUACUGUGGUGCUGUGUUUUCUGCAGGGUUUCUGGGAAAGCCAGCUAGAGCUCAGAAGGCGAUACGGACCUCUGUGUGGAACUACACAUACAGUUUACAAUGAGCUUUCCCAUUUAACUGUGUGACUUGGACACCUUCCACGUGGGUAUAUGUGGUGACCCCAUGAACAGCCCACAGCUCCGUCACCCCUGACCGGGCAGGCCUUCCGGAGCAGACCUGAGCAGCCCCCCAGGGUAUACCAGCAGCCCUCACUUCCUCGGGUUCCUGGAAGGCAGCUGUGAACUAAUUUGGUUGAACUGAUUGGUCAGUUUUUAAAAAGAAAAAAGCCAUCCAUUAAACAAGUCAAACAGGUGUUGUUUUUGUCUACACAAUAUUUACUGGUUUGACUAAAUUUUCUCUUCAACCAGGUGCUUUGGAGUUGAGUAAACAAAUUCUUAUAUGCAGAAGUAAAUGUAAACGAAUAAUUGGUUAAGCAUUAUUUGCCCCCAAAGGUGACCAUAUCCACAUUGGGGUGAGAGGGAGGCCAGGCCUGACCUUCUUCAUUGGGCUAGGGGUUUCCUGGUCCAUUAAGCAGGAGCCUGUUCAGUCUUCACCUUUACAAGGUGCGGGCUCUCACACCCGCUCAGAGUAGAGCUGGCCCACGAAGCCUGCCCUGUGGAGGGCACAUACUCAGAGCUGGGGACACAGGCUUCGGCAGCGUCAGCUUGGGGGCCAGUCCUGAGCUUGGGCAAGUGACGUAAUCUCUCUGAGUCUCAGUUUCCUAUUCUGAAAAGUGGGUAUAAUAACUACCUCAUCUGUUUUCUCUGAGGAUUAAAAGAGGUAAUACAGGUAAUGCACUUAGAAGAAGUCAUGGCAGGUAACAAGUUCUCACUCAGUAAACAAUAAUAAUUGCUGCUGUUGUCAUGGUUACCUCAAAGGUUCUGAGGAGGGCCUUCAACUCAUCCAGAGGCCGAUUUCACUGAUAUAGGAAGUUUCUUCGCACCCUAUAGAGCCUAGACUUACUAUUCGAAGACCAUAAUUUACUUUCCCUUGUAAAUCAUAGCAAGUAUAGAUUUAAAGCUACAGGAAACCUCAGAGAUCACCUGGUUUUCUCCCCUAUUUCAGAGGCAAGGAAGUGGAAACCAGGGCAUUCAGGCGUUUGCCGAGGAUCCUUCCCGGAGUGGGUGGCAGAGCUGGGUAAUCCCAGAUCCAGGCUGCUGGCCUCAGGGUGCAUUGCCUUCCAGCUGCAACACCAUGCUGGAAGCACAAGACAUGGUCACAGGUUCACACCAACAUACUUAACUGACCGUUUAGGGGAGCACGUAUGAGACCAGAAUGGCACUGGGAAUCCGAAAGGUACUAUCUUGGUCGUCGGAUGUUCAUAGUUAUUUCUGAACCGGACAUGAUCAGACAGGUGUUGGUUGAGAACUUCAGUAACUUCAGCAACAGAAUGGCGUCAAGCUUGGAGUCCAAGCCGGUAGCUAAGAGCGUCCUGUUUCUACGCGACACGAGGUGGGAAGAAGUCAGAGGGGUCCUGACUCCUGCAUUCAGCCCCGAGAAGCUGAGUGAGGUGACUCCCCUAAUCAGCCAAGCCUGCGACCUUCUCCUGACUCAUUUAGAACGCUAUGCAGACUCUGGGGCCCCUUUUGACAUCCAGAGGUAAGUGUGCCUCACUGCAGAUAAGAGCACAGUGUUCAAGUGCUGCUUCUUGUACUAUACAUCACUGCUGGGCAUCUACCUUGAGACUAGCUAGCUACAGAAAUAGGAGAGGCUCAGAAAAGCAGGGCUGGAUGGACGAAUAAGAAAUGAAAGCUACUUCAAAUGUGGAGCCAAUGCAAAACAGAACCCAUGGGGGGUACUUGGCAUGCUCAGGGAAGCUUUGAAUGUGCAGUGGUUAGUCCACAGAUAGACUCACCCACCUGGACCUCUGCAAACUCGAGAGGGCAGGAUAAGCCUGGGCAAGGAGGACAGGGCUCCAGGGAGAAGUCCAGGCAUUUUUAGCUUGGGGAGAGGGUGGGGCACUCAGUGCCAAAAUCAGUCAUGGCCACCCCAUGCACAACGGAACAGAAUGUUCUGUUCUACAUAGGGUUGCUACGAGUUGGAACCAACUCAAUGGCACCUAACGAUAACAACAGUAGUGAUUGCCUUUUAAACCAAAGGUAUUUAAAAAAAAA